ACUCACGACUGUCCCUCCUUUCAUCAGUUGCCACUAAGACAUUCGGUAGUUAACUAUCUUAGAAAAAUUUACUCCAAUUAUAUUUCGGAGAUUAAUUCACUCGAGUUUUUAAAAUUAUUUUAAAUUUUUGGAUUAUUCCAAAGCUUCAAAAGAUAUGACAAAACGCCAUAAACAUUUAAUAUUUUACCGGAUGCUAUUAGUUAUCGGUAUACCGACGGUAUAUUUUGCAUGUAUUAGUUUUACUGGAUUUAUAAGUAAUAAAAGUUCGGAAAUUGAUUAUCCAAUAAACGGGAGAAAUGCAAUACGAUUACGUAAAUUAAUGCAGGUUGAAGAACCGGAAGUUAAUGUUAGCAAUCGAUGUAUUGCGCCAGCGAUUGAAGAAUUUCCAUCGGAUGGUUUCACGACCGAGCAAAGACGCUCGGGAUUUAUAGUAAUUCAUAUAAUCCUUGCUAUUUAUUUAUUUUUACUGCUCGCGGUUGUUUGCGAUGACUUCUUUGUUCCUUCGAUUACGAGAAUAUGUGAAAAACUAAAUGUAUCAGAAGAUGUUGCUGGUGCAACAUUUAUGGCAGCAGCAUCAUCCAGUCCCGAAUUAUUUAUAAAUGUCGUCGGAACUUUUGUAACUCAAGGUGAUAUUGGAAUUGGUACGAUCGUGGGUUCUGCAGUAUUUAAUAUUCUCGCUGUUCCUGCAUGCUGUGGACUCUUUGCUAGUCAGGCUUUAGAACUUGAUUGGUGGCCAGUGAGUCGAGAUUCUCUAGCCUAUGCCAUCACUGUGGGUUUACUUAUUUUAGUAUUUCGUGAUGGCCGAGUUGAAUGGUAUGAAGGAUUAAUUCUUGUCAUCACUUAUAUUCUAUACAUAUUAACGAUGUAUUUUAACAAACGCAUCAGUCGGUGUAUGGGCUCAAUGAUAUCCAAAAGAAAGGAGUACAAAAAUUUAGACAACCGACCUCUUUUACCAAAACAUUGCGAAAAUGGAAAAGUAAAUAGUUUUGAAUCUAUCGAAGAUGAACAUCUUGAAAUAGUAAACAUGACAAAUUGGCCAGAAUCAAUGUGGGAAAAAACCUGGUGGGUAAUAACCUGGCCGAUAAAUUUUGUGUUGCUGAUAACGAUCCCUGAUUGCCGAAGAAAAUCAUUGAAGUCUUGGUAUCCAGUUACAUUUGUAAUGUGUGUUGUUUGGAUAGCUUCAAUGUCAUUCCUCGUUGGCUGGGACAUAACAAUUAUCGGAGAUACUCUAGAGAUUCCGGACUCAGUAAUGGGUUUAACAUUUCUUGCCGCUGGGAUGAGUGUUCCUGAGGCUGUGUCUAGCGUUAUCGUAACAAAUCAAGGACAUGGUACCAUGGGGAUCAGUAACUCAAUUGGUUCAAAUGUCUUCGAUAUACUUCUAUGUCUUGGAUUGCCUUGGUUUAUAAAAGCUACAUUUAUACCAAAAAAUCCGGGAUUACAUUACGUUCAAAUAAAUUCCGAGGGACUAGUCUACAGCUCGAUAUCACUAUUUUCGACUUUAAUUCUACUUUACGUGGCUUUUGCAUGUAACAAAUUUCGACUUGACCGUAAAGUUGGUUUUACUUGUCUAUUUAUGUACGGAUGUUUUCUAGUAAUAGCUGCACUUACUGAACUAAAUGUAUUUUUUAAAGUUAAUCUUCCAACAUGUGUUCAUUGACAAAUCCUGCGGCUUUAAUCGCCGCUUAUAGGAUAAUACAUUAAUUAUAUUUUAAUUACUAACUAGUUAUUGAUGUUUUAUAGUGCUACUUAAUCAACUUUAUUGAUAUAUUAUAUUUAAAUUGUUGAUAUAUAUAUAAAUAUAUACAUAAUUUAAGUUAUUAGUUAUUAUACUCAAAAGUCGCCUGAUAAAUGAUAAGAAAUGAGAUAAUAGAUGAGAUUACUGUUAUCUUCUUUCGAAAAAACAGGACCAGUUUUAUUCCUAUGUGGAUAUAUAUCUCUGAUAUUGAUCUCGUGGAGUGUUACCUUAUCAGCUGUGUUGCUUAAAAUUUUUUUCAUUUUUUUUUUUUUUUUUUAUUGAAAUAAUUAAAUGUACACGUGAAACUAUUUUUUAUUAUAUUUAAUUUUUAUAUUAAUUGUAAUAAUGAUAAGUCUGUAGAUAAUGAGUUUGUAAAAAAAAAAAAAGCGAGUUUUGUAAAAGAUAUAAUUAAUUGGUAUGUUUAAUACUUUGGUUUUGUCGAAAAAUAUCUGAUUAAGCUGAGAAUAAAUAUUUUAAUUAAAAAAUACAAUGAAAAUAUUAGAUAAUAAAUAUUGAGUUAAAGUUGGAAA